AUGAAAUAUCAGCAAAAACCGCCACAUAGACAUUUUGUGACAUACAAAGUACUAAAGAUUAAAAGUGACUAGCGUUUUCAAAAAAAUAAUGGCUUUUAAACAACAAAAGAAAUAAUUGAGGGCUAAUUUUGAGAAUGUAAAAGUUUUAUGAUAUUGACCCCGAAAAGAUUAAACGUUGCCCCUUGCCCUUAUUGGGUUUUACACUUUUACUGAAACCAUUUCCACUUCCUUCUUAAAAACCUAAUUCUUUGUUGAUUCAUUCGCAGAUUCUCGGUGCCUAUGAUGUAAUUGGCGCCAGAAAUACCCCCUUUCGACUGAACCACAAUCGAUUCAUGCUCAAUCGUAUUGGACAUCAAUGCCAAUCACUUAUUCGUCUUCCCUUUCCUUCGCUAAGUCCUGCAACCCUCAUUUUAACUAAAUCUUCAUCAUUGUUAUCUGCGGAAUCCCUUGAACUAGAACCUUCAACCACUUCACCAGCUGCAAACGGUUCCUUUCCUUCUGGUAUCCUCUCCCUGUUUAAAGUAUUGGGUAGCUCUGGUGUCAAAUUACUCGGUGUGAAACAUCGGUUUAAAACCCUUGUUUCUGACCUGAAUUCCACUCAGGUUGAUGAAAUUAUAGAUCAAUUACGAAACGACGACCCAGAUUCUGCUGUCGAAUUGUUUGAAUUAUUGAAGAAUGAGUAUGGGUUUAAGCAUUCGAGAGUUUCUCAGCUCGUUAUUGCUCAUGUGCUGGCUAGUCAGCGAAGGCUUAAGUUGCUGCGUUCUAACUUCAUGCAAAUGCUUCAAGAAGAAGUUAACUUCAAGGAUUGGAAAUCAAAUGCAAUUGUUUGGGACAUUUUGGCAUUUGCUUACUCUAGAUCCAACAUGGUUCAUGAUGCCCUUUGCAUUAUAGCCAAAAUGAAAGAUUUCAACAUUCAACCUUCAAUACUAACCUACAACAGCUUAUUACACAACUUAAGACACUCUGAUAGCAUGUGGGAUGUGUACAAUGACAUCAAAGAGAGUGGAAUCCAAGAAACCAAACAAACAAAUUCCAUCCUUGUAGAUGGUUUAUGUAAACAAUCCUUAAUGCAAGAAGCAAUAACCCUUCUUCAUGUCAAAGAUUCCUCACCUCAUGUUGCUUCAUUUAACACAGUCAUGUCAAGUUUCUCCAAAAUGGGAUUUGUUGAUAUUGCUCAAUCGAUUUUCUGUUUGAUGUUAAAGUUUGGAGUAAAACCCGAUGCAUAUAGUUACAAUAUUCUUAUAAAUGGAUUAUGCAUCGUGGGUUCUAUUCAAGAUGCAUUGAAGUUGACCAAUGACAUGGUCAAACAUGGAGUAAACCCUGAUUCAAUAACAUACAACACACUUGCUAAAGGGUUUCAUGUUCUUGGUAAGAUCAAUGGAGCAUCAAAGAUGAUUCAAGAAACACUUUCAAAAGGUUUGAAGAACCCUAAUAGUAUCACAUAUACAUUACUCAUAUGUGGGAAUUGUCAAGAAGGAAAAGUUGAUGAAAGCAUAAACUUGAAAAAUGAAAUGGUUUCUUAUGGGUGUAAACUAAACUUUAUUUCAUAUAGUGUUUUGGUAAGUAGUUUAUGUAAGAUUGGGCGUGUUGAUGAAGCUUUGUGUUUGCUUUAUGAGAUGGAAAUAGAUGGUUUAAAACCCGAUGUUGUUAUGUAUUCAAUCAUCAUUCAUGGUUUUUGUAAACAAGGGGAGAUCCAAAAAGCUAUUCAAGUAUACAUGGAAAUGAGCAACAAUAGAAUCUUUCCUAAUGUUUUCACUCAUAGAGCUGUUUUAUUGGGGAUUUGUGGGAGAGGAUCGGUUUUUGAAGCAAGAAAGCACUUUGAUAUGUUAAUUAGUAGUGAUGAUAUUGAUAUUCAAGAUAUUGUUCUUUACAAUAUUAUGAUCAAUAAGUAUGCAAAACUCGGUAUGAAUCGUGAGAGUAAACAAUUGUUUGAUCAAAUAAUAGAGAAAGGAAUCGAUCCCACUAUUGUCACGUUUAAUUCUUUAAUAUAUGGAUUUUGUAAAGCUAGGGAUUUGAUAGGGGCAAUGAGGUCAUUUCAUAACAUCGAGGAUCAUGGAUUAGUACCUAAUGCGAUAACAUACACCACCCUUAUGAACUUUUUUUGUGAAGAGGGAAAUAUGCAAAAAGUGUUUGAUAUGAAAAAGGAAAUGGAAGAUAAUGGUGUAGAUCCAACUCAUGUCACAUACACUGUAAUUAUAAAAAGUCUUUGUAAACAAAAAAAGCUUCAAGAAUCUCUUUUACAACUCGAUCAUAUGUUCUCAAAUGGGAUUUCUCCUGAUGAAGUUACAUACAACAUUUUGAUUCAAUCUUUGUGUAAAGCUCGAGAAAUUGAAAAGGCGUUUGAGCUACAUGAUGAAAUGAUGUCACAUAAUCUUAAGCCUGAUGCAGUUACAUAUAACAUUCUUAUGAAUGGGUUAUGUGUGUAUGGUGAUUUACAUGAUGCUGAUAAGUUAUUCUUGUAUUUAAGGGAGCAUGAUUUUGAAUUGAAGAAGGCUGCUUAUACGAUUCUUAUUAAAGCACAUUGUGUGAAGGGUGAUGUGGAUAGAGCAAUGGAGGUGUUCUCUGAAAUGGUGGAAAUGGGGUUUGAAGUGAGUGUUAGGGAUUAUAGUGGUGUGAUUAAUAGGUUGUGUAAAAGAUGUUUGACAUAUGAAGCAAAGGGUUUUUUGAGGAUGAUGUUUAACAAUGGUGUAUUUCCUGAUAUUAGGGUUUAUACAGUGAUGAUUUAUGCUUUUCAUGUUGUGGGUGAUGUUUAUUCGAUACAUGAGUUGCUACCUAAUAUGGUGAAAUGUGGGAUAGAUUCUUAUGUAAGCAUGGGGUUACAAAAUCAUAUAUAAAAGUGAAAUGAAUUUACAUUAGUUUGA